AUGGAGGGCAAGUACGUUGGUCUUCUCCUAGCUUUAUCCGGGACGAUCGGUAUUGGAAGUAGCUUUAUAAUUAUAAAAAAGGGUUUAAAUGAUGCUGCCUUGAAGAGCUCGUCUGCGGCUAACGCUUCGGAUAACUUGUCAUAUCUGCGGAACCCCAUCUGGUGGGCGGGAAUAGUCACAAUUGCCAACUUCGCUGCGUACGCAUUCGCCCCUCCCAUUCUUGUCACGCCACUUGGAGCCUUAAGCGUCCUCAUUGGUGCCAUAUUAGCGUCGCUGUUCCUUGGAGAAGAACUAGGACACCUGGGUCGCGUGGGGUGUACACUUUGCCUUCUGGGUUCAUUAAUCAUCAUUCUGCACGCACCUGAAGAUAAAGAAGUACAAACAGUAGAUGAAAUCCUUCACUUCGCUAUACAACCAGGGUUUUUGCUGUAUUGCUUCACCGUUCUCAUCUUCACCCUUGUAAUGGUGUACCGUGUAUCACCUCGCUACGGAAAGAAAAGCCCGCUGGUGUACAUCUCCAUUUGUUCGCUGGUAGGAUCAAUAUCUAUUAUGGCGAUCAAAGGAUUUGGCAUAGCGAUCAAGCUCACUUGGAACGGCAACAACCAACUCACGCAUCCUAGCACAUACGUAUUCGCUAUUGUGGUAGCAGUCUGUAUCAUGGUUCAAAUGACCUAUUUCAACAAAGCCCUCGAUACCUUUUCAACGAACGUUGUAAACCCUAUAUAUUACGUUGGAUUCUCUUCGGCAACAAUCAUCGCAUCCCUCAUCCUAUUUCGGGGGUUCAACACUUCCGACCAUGUCAACAUUGUUUCACUCAUCGCUGGCUUCAUUGUCACAUUCCUUGGGGUACAUUUACUGAAUCUCUCUAGAAAACCCGACCCUCCACCAUUAGGUGAAUCUGGCCACACUUUGUUAGAGGGAGGUCUGAUGAAUCCACGAGUGAGCGUCACUGCGCGAUUGUCCGUCGACAGUAACUGGUCAGCGCAUGGAGGGCCGCCUUGGUCCGCUGGCCACGGUCGAAGGAGCAGCCUGUACAGAUCACAAGAUGCCCAACUGCAUUCUGCAUUUGAUGAUGAAGGAGUGGGCCUCGAACUUCUGAAGGAAGAAGAUGAAGAGGAGGGAGGAACGACAGAACAAAUGCACAUUACUUCGGGCAGGCCUGGAGAUCGUGAUUUCCCCUUACGAACACUGAAUGGGACGGCUAGAUAG